ACGGAGCGCUGCCGCGGGCGCCCCAUGGCCGCGACGGGGCGCCGGAGGAUGCGCCGCCGGUGAACCGCCCCACCACCCCCCCCCCGCGGAUUUACCGGCUGCUCUCGCGCUUUCCCACCACCACCGCACACCCCCCGCCGGCUUCUCCCGGUGCCCCCCCCCUCGCCGGGGUGGGGGGGGGAAGCGCCUCGACCCCCGGGCUGGCGGCCCCCGGCGGCCCCGGGCGCGGCGAGCGGCGGCGGGCAGGGGCUCGGGGCAGCAGCCGCCGCCGCGGGGCCGCGCUCCGCCCGCGCCGGCCGUAACGGGGCCGGGGCCGCCGCCGGGGGCCGCUCCCGGCUCUGCCCGCUCCUGCCGGCCCCUGCCUUGGGACUUACCUCACUCCUCCGCCACUCCUCAGGACGAUAACGCGGAGACACGGGCUGCCACCAUGCCUGACUCGCCAGCUGACGUGAAGACGCAGUCCAGGUCCACGCCGCCCAGCAUGCCUCCGCCGCCGCCAGCCGUCACGCAGGGAGCCACGCGCCACCCCUCCUUCAUGCCAAACACCAAUCGAGACGCUGGCCCUCCGACGUUUCUGCCUCGCGGCCGUUUUCAUGGUUGCUUGAAAUGGUCGAUGGUCUGUCUUUUGAUGAACGGGAGCAGCCACUCACCAACUGCUAUCAAUGGGGCACCGUCCACCCCCAAUGGAUUCAGCAAUGGGCCAGCCACCUCCUCCACUGCCUCCCUCUCCACCCAUCAGCUCCCGCCAGCCUGCGGUGCCCGUCAGCUCUCCAAGCUCAAGCGCUUCCUCACCACGCUGCAGCAGUUCGGCAAUGACAUCUCCCCCGAGAUCGGGGAGCGGGUGCGCACGCUCGUCCUGGGACUUGUGAAUUCCACACUCACCAUCGAGGAGUUUCACGCCAAGCUCCAGGAGGCCACCAACUUCCCGCUGCGACCCUUCGUCAUCCCCUUCCUCAAGGCCAAUCUGCCGCUGCUGCAGCGGGAGCUGCUGCACUGCGCCCGCAUGGCCAAGCAGACCCCGGCCCAGUACCUGGCCCAGCACGAGCAGCUGCUGCUGGAUGCCAAUGCCUCUUCUCCCAUCGACUCCUCCGAGCUGCUCCUGGAGGUGGGCGAGAGCGGCAAGAGGAGGACGCCAGACAGGACCAAAGAGAACGGUUUGGACCGAGACCCUCUGCACCCUGAGCACCUCAGCAAGCGGCCGUGCACCAUGAGCCCGGCGCAGCGCUACAGCCCCAGCAACGGGCUGAGCCACCCGCCCAACGGGCUGGGGCACCCCCCUGCCGCUCCCCCCCUGCCCCAGCACUACCGCCUGGAGGACAUGGCCAUGGCACACCACUACCGUGAUGCCUACCGUCACCCCGACCCCCGGGAGCUCCGGGAGCGCCAGCGGCCCGCCGCGGUGCAUGGGACACGGCAGGAGGAGGUGAUCGACCACCGUCUCACCGACCGGGAAUGGGCAGAGGAGUGGAAACACCUCAACAAUCUGCUGAACUGCAUCAUGGAUAUGGUGGAGAAGACGCGCCGGUCGCUGACGGUGCUGCGGCGGUGCCAGGAGGCCGACCGCGAGGAGCUCAACCACUGGAUCCGGCGCUACAGCGAUGUCGAGGACAUGAAGAAAGGCAGCCCCCCUUCCGCCCGCCCUCACAACAGCUCCUCUGCCUCUGAGGCACCCCAGUUAGAUGCUCACCGGGAGUUCACACCGCGGCCGCUCUCCGGGUACAUGCCGGAGGAGAUCUGGAGGAAGGCUGAAGAAGCUGUGAACGAGGUGAAGCGUCAGGCCAUGUCUGAGCUGCAGAAGGCCGUGUCGGAUGCUGAGCGGAAAGCCCACGAGCUGAUCACAACAGAGCGAGCCAAGAUGGAACGAGCCUUGGCCGAGGCCAAGCGCCAGGCUUCAGAGGAUGCCCUGACAGUCAUCAAUCAGCAGGAGGACUCCAGCGAGAGCUGUUGGAACUGCGGGCGCAAAGCGAGCGAGACCUGCAGCGGCUGCAACACUGCCCGCUACUGCGGCUCCUUCUGCCAGCACAAGGAUUGGGAGAAGCACCACCACGUCUGCGGGCAGACUCUGCAAGGGCUGCCAGCCCCUGCCACCCCCACUGCUGGCGUGGGCCUGCCACCGGGUCCGUGCCAGCCCGAUGGGGUGGCCACCAUCGCCAGCAGCCCCAGCGAGACAGGCUCGGCGGCCGCUUCCCGUGCCGGCACACCGGCCACCCCAGCUCCGCUGGAGAGCGCAUCCCGCUGAGCCGCCCUCGGACUGCUGCCGCCGCCGCCGCCACCGCUGCUGCUGCUACCACCGCUCUCCAAAAGACACAGACUGCACUCGAUGCAAUUUCCUCAGCUACCUGACUCGUAUGACCUCCGAAACGACCUCUCUAGCUCUCACAAAUAAUCCUCACGGAUCCUCAAACUGGGCUUUAAGUGGAGUUAAGGCAAAUACCGGUCUUCUCUGUUCUUUCUUCGGUCUUUGUUUUGGCUUUUUUUGGUUGGUUUUCUAUCGGUUGGGGGAUUGUUGUUUGGUUUUUUGUUGGUUUUUUUGAGGUUUUUCUCUUUUUUUUUUUUUUUUACUUUCUGGAUGAGGGAUUUCACUGCAGCCUCGCCAUGCGGUGACAUGGGAAGAGGCUGGCCUGGCCCACAUCGGCACUGCUGAGGGGGCUCACCUGCAGGAGGAAAGAAACUUCUUUUAUUCAUCUCUCUCUUCCUUUUUUUUUUUCUUUUUUCCUUUUUUUUUUUUUGUAAAAAAAAAAAAAUAAAGACAAUAAAAAAGAAAACGUCGGACUCUUUGGCUUUAAGUAAGAAAUUGUAAAAAAAAAAGAAAAAAAAAAGAAAAAAAAAAAGAAAAAUCCAAAAACCAGACGACACCAAGUCAAGCCGCGUGAUGGACGCUCACCUGUAACUACCUUGCUAGCUAGCCAAGAACAGACCAGACUCACCUCUGCUCCAAAGGAAAUCCAAAACCAAGGAAGAUCCAAACGUCUCUCCACUGCCAAAGUUCGUUUCGUUCUGUUGUCGCUUCCUUCCCCUCCCUGCAAGGAUGGACGGACGCACCCUCGGGGCUUUAAAGAGUUUCUAUUAAAAUAAAGCAAAAGAAAAAAAAAGGUGUUUUUUUAAAA